AUGCAAUCACAAAAGCCUCUUCAGUUAACUUUGGCAAUAAUUAAACCACAUAUUGUUAAGUCUCCUUUUGUACUUCAGAAAAUUCGAGAUUUAAUAAUUGACAAUAAUUUGAAAAUUGUCAGGUCACGUAGGACAAUAAUUACACAAAAAGAAGCAGAAUUAUUUUAUGAGGAGCACAAAGAUAAAUUUUUUUAUAAUCGUCUUAUAACAUUUAUGUGCAGUGGUCCAUCAGAUAUUCAUAUUCUGGCAGAUCACAAUGCUAUUAUUAAAUGGAGAAAAUUAAUGGGUCCUACAAAAGUAUAUCAGGCACAAUAUACUGCCCCUAACACAAUUCGAGGAAUGUUUGGUUUAUCAGAUACAAGAAAUGCAACACAUGGUUCUGAUUCAAUACAAUCUGCAAUGAGAGAAAUAAAAAUAUUCUUUAAUGAUUUUGAUUUUAAAAAGUGGUAUGAGCAUGAAGAAAAAUACUAUAAUUUAGGUCAAGUUCAUUUUGAUCCAAUAGCUUUUUUACAUACUAUAAAUAAAGGUUUUAUAAACAUUAAUACAGAAAAAAUUACAGAGUAA